UUUGACACACUCAAUUGGAGUUUUGAAUUCUUUUGAAAUCGGCGACGAUUUUCCAAAAUUCUCACUUCUGGCGCUUUCCCCAUGGUUUUUGCCCUUUCUGUGCGAGGUAGGCCGGAUCUUUUUCUGUCAGUAAGGGAGGGGACCUAAGGAUGAUGUUUAGUGGUUCCAUACACUCUUGAUCGCAUAAUUCCUCGGAAAUAUGAAAUAUUGAAAAUCAAGUAGUUGUGGUGAAAAUUAUUAUGCGUUCUAUUUUUGCGCUAUGCCAGGUUGUCCCCUUCGAUAUUAUUAAAACUACGCAACUAGCCAAAACUUGCUCAUAGUAUGUUGUUCCUCAUAAAAUUACCUUUCUAGUUUGAUUCCAAAUAAAUUUUUAUCUCAACUGGUUAUCGUAACAUGAAGGCGGGAAAAAAUUCUCGAAUUUAUUGAGCACACUAUGUAUGUACGACGACAAAGAAGGAGAAAAAGUGCUCAUAUAACAUCAUGACGCAUACCACUUGACUUGACUUAUUCUUUGGUUUCAUUCUCGUGUAAGCACGCAAAGUGCUCAAAAAUUGUGAAAAUGACAAAACUACAAAUUCUAAUACUUUUCGGAUUAUUGACCAUUAUAUCGCAUCACUGCGUUUCUUCUCAAUUAGUAGAAUUCAUAUUCGAUGGGAUAAAUCCAUUCAGGAAUCCUUCAAGGAAAGAGCAUUAUUACGAUCGUAGACCUGUUGAGCGGACCGAGAAGCCAAAAGAUCCUCUAGCUGAAAUGAUUCAACCUCUCAAAAACGGGUCAAUUUCUGAUAGCAACAACAUCCUCGUGAAGCCCGUCAUAUUUCCAUGUCCAGUGGGUCAGACGUUUUCUAGGUGGACCAGACGAUGUGUUCAGCCAGUUCUUCUAAAGCAUCCUGUAGUGGGAUGAAAGGAUAGUCCACUUUGCAUGUGUAUUAUACAUAUUUCCAACUUUUUGUAUCAAUUGUUUUGUGCAAAUAAAUGAAUAUUUAUAUAACGGUGCUUGUUUAGCGUAUGUAAAUGCAUAUUCAUAAUACAUUGUAUAUUCGUCUCUUUAUAAUAAAAGAAGCGGUUUCUGGAGUCAUAUUAAAUUCCAUAUAGUUAUGGCACACCUGCAGAGUUGUAAUAAUUAAGUCAUAACACAACGAUGCAUUAGUACACAUCAGACAUCACUUCUUUCGGCAAUCAAUCUCCAAGUCUCACUAAAUAUAUGAGGGAUCUUCCACUGAUCUUCUUCGAUGGGUACAAAAUAAUAAAAUAUAUGUAUAAGUGCGUCGCUAUGAAGAAUUAAAUGAAUCCCACGAUUGGCAAAUUUUGCAUCAUAAAUCGUGAAAUAUAAAUUCCAUCCCAUUUUGUCCAUUUUUGACUACGAUCAGCAUAGUCCCAAAGACUACUUUGACCUUUUUUUAUCUACAAUACUUGGAAAAUCAAUCACAAGCAUGAAAGGAGAUUGUCCUGAUUCAGCAGAUUCGUCCUCAGAUAUCAAGACUGAUGGACAAGCAGUAUUUGAAAAGAUCGCUGUGUUAAAGAGCAGCUUGAAACAGUUUGAAUCAAAAUCGAAAUUUAACCUUUGCUUCUCACUCCUCCUUCAACAUGGCCAAGAUUUGCAACACAUCCGGAAAAAAUUAAUCCUGGAUAAAAGCAUCGUCUCGCGGUCUCGAAUCAAGGAGCGUUACUCCUUUAAAGAAAAAGCCAUUGGAUGGGUGAUUACGAAAUUCGACCCCAAAAUGACUGUACCAGAAACCGGACUGGCCAUAUUUGCUGGAGUGCAAAUGAGUGAGGAAAGUGAUGGGCACGAUAUUACCCGUAUUUGGAUACCAUUGGUCUCUCCGAAACUUCAGAUUGAUGCAACAACUUAUAUUUGGGAUGAUAAAUUUCACACUGAAAUCCUGCACGUCAACCUGGGUUUGGCGUGCAACUUUGGACUUGUAGUCAUUGACAAGUUAUCCGUCACUUUGGGAGUUCUAAACCACCAGAGUGGCGAGGCAGACUUUGUUCAGUACAUGACCGAUGAUAAGGAGGAUGCUGUAGUUCAAAAGGAAAAUUUUAGACUGAUGUGCGAUAAGUGCUUCAUUUCGGAGUCAAACCUUCCCGUUCUUGGCAUUAUCUUGGGAAUAGUCCAGCAAGAAAAAAGGGUGACCUUGACCUUAGACGCAUUUUCGAAUUUAUUGAGCACUCAACUGAGGCGUGUUCCGAUAAUUGUUGUACCAGUUCCGGAGAGUGGAGUAAUUGGCAUUAAAAAAGCGUUGACUUUGACGUCCAAUUUUACAAGCACGUUAUCGUUUUCGGCACAAAAACGGAUGAUUGACACCCAGAUAAUUCCAGACGUUGAGGACCCCCCACAAAUCGAACACUUGCUAAAAUUCUGGAGCCUAGGCUCACUCCAAUAUUUGAAUUACAAAAAUGGCCUCUUAAUCAGACAGGUUCAAAGGCAAUUCUAAAAAUCUUGGUCGAAUUUUUAGACAACAAGAUAUAUAUGCAAAUAAACUUAUUUCGUUAUGUAUUUACUUAUUAGUCCUCAGUUUGCAAGUUUAAAUGCAAAAUAAACUGCCCAUUGCUUG